AUGCUUGUGCUAUGCCUGAUAUUUGGCAUAUGGCAUAUGGGCACACAAUGGACAACGACUUUAUUGUCUUUUCUACAAUGGGAUACUGUUGAAGUGAUGACUAUAGUUGAUCUAGGCUAUAUUCAAGCAUUUGGCAGUGUUUGUAAUGCUAUUGGAGCUUUAGCUUUCGGACAGAUGGCAGAUACUGCCGGUCCUAAAGCUAUGUUUAUGUUGUCUUGCCUUUUCACUGCCAUUUAUUAUUCGGGAAUUUCUAUUGCCAAGUCAUGGUAUGGAUUUUUCUUCCUCCAGGUUUGUUGACA